GAGCCAGCUCCGCGCCUGCGCAGGAGCGCGCCUCUGUUUUGCCUCGGCUCCGUUCUCCCUCCACAUCCCACCCCCUCCUCCUCCUCCUUCGCAAACCUUUCAGGGCCGAGGCGAGAAGAAGCAGCAGCCAGAGAGCCGGGAGUCUGUGAGGAGAUGGAAAUGGAGGGUUGAGGGCCUCUUUCGUGGCCUUCCCUGGAGGACGGAGCUGCCCUUUGCCUGAGGAGAAGGAGGAGGAGGAGAAGAAGAAAGGCGUCCCUUUGGUGCCAGCAGUGCCGCGUGGCGAGCCAAGAGUUUGCAUAUGAUCUCAUUUCAAGACUAUGCUGUUCUCAACGGCGGAUGUAUCUUUUCAAUGUUGGUGGGAUCCUUACAGUGAACAUAGGUUUGAAGGAUCCACAACUAGGUGGUGACUAUAAGACGACAUGAUGAUCGUGGUAACUGGUGUCAUGUCAGCACCUGAGCUGGGCUCCCCAGACAACAUUCCUGUUGCAGCCCCCAAUUUAUCCUGGAUGCCUGAGGAUGGCAGACCCACUGCUAUGGAACAACCAGUAUUCCUAAUGACCACAGCUGCCCAGGCUAUCUCAGGUUUCUUUGUGUGGACAGCUUUGCUUAUCACCUGCCAUCAGAUCUAUAUGCACCUGCGCUGCUACAGUUGCCCCAAUGAACAGCGCUAUAUAGUCCGGAUCCUUUUCAUUGUGCCCAUUUAUGCUGUCGACUCAUGGCUCAGCCUCCUUUUCUUCACGAAUGACCAGUACUAUGUGUACUUUGGCACAGUGAGGGAUUGCUAUGAAGCUUUUGUUAUCUACAAUUUCCUUAGCCUGUGCUAUGAAUACCUUGGUGGGGAAAGCUCAAUCAUGUCUGAGAUUAGAGGGAAACCUAUUGAGUCCAGCUGUAUGUAUGGAACUUGUUGCUUAUGGGGAAAGACAUACUCUAUUGGAUUUCUGAGAUUUUGCAAACAGGCCACUUUGCAGUUCUGUGUUGUGAAGCCUCUUAUGGCUAUUAUUACAGUCGUCCUUCAGGCAUUUGGCAAAUACCAGGAUGGAGACUUUGAUGUCUCAAGUGGAUAUCUCUAUGUGACUAUCAUUUACAAUAUUUCUGUGAGCUUGGCCCUCUAUGCCCUCUUCCUUUUCUACUUUGCCACACGUGAACUGCUCAGUCCCUACAGCCCCGUCCUGAAAUUCUUCAUGGUUAAGUCUGUCAUUUUCCUGUCCUUCUGGCAAGGGAUGUUGCUGGCCAUUCUGGAGAAGUGUGGUGCCAUUCCUAAGAUCGACUCUGCCAGUGUAUCUGUGGGUGAAGGAACUGUAGCAGCUGGCUACCAGGACUUCAUUAUUUGUGUGGAAAUGUUCGUUGCAGCAAUUGCGCUACGCCAUGCAUUCACUUAUAAGGUCUAUGCAGACAAACGUCUUGAUGCACAAGCUGUUCCAUCCUAUGGGCCAUAUGGUCGCUGUGCCCCUAUGAAGAGCAUUUCUAGCAGCCUUAAAGAGACCAUGAAUCCCCAUGACAUUGUGCAGGAUGCGAUCCACAACUUCUCCCCAGCCUACCAGCAAUACACUCAGCAGUCGACCCUAGAACAUGGGCCGCCUUGGCGUAACGGCGGACACAUCAUUUCACGCUCCCAUAGCAGCUCCGGUGCCCGUGACCAUGAGAAGACACUGCUCCUUAGCUCAGAUGAUGAGUUCUAAGGUGGCAGUGGAUCAUGCCAUAGCCUGAAAAUUUCCCUUUAUUUAUUGAGUGAGAAGUGCAGGUCAUAUCCCUUUUUUGAAAAAAAAAAUGGUGCUCAACUCACGAAUGGGUACUUCCUGUUGCCAGUUUUGAGCUGGGACUAUUUUGAGUGGGUCCGUGCGGGUGGUUUGAACUGCCUUUUCCUAGAGUCUUCCUUACAGGCUUCACAUGAAUAAGAACAUUCUCCACCGGGCAUUACAGCAGAACGGAGAUCCUGAAGGUGUAGAAUAUACUUUCUAGGUGGUUCCCCCCCCCCCACACA